AUGUUAUUAGUCACAGGUACAGAUCACGAAUAGGCCCUUUUUACUUAUAGGCUUGAAUUAAAGGAUAUUAAAUAUCAGUUGCACUAGAGGAAUUGCUCUUUUUUUAUUUUGUCUUGUGGCUUGUUGUCUUCACCCUUUCAUUUACCCUUUCAUAUUUAAGGUGGAUGGUCAUAUAUCAGUAUUUAGAAGAUUAUGAGUUAGUUAGACUAAGGUUAAAUUUAAGAACGCAAACACAAUGUCAUGUGGCUCACCAAAGCAUAUUCAAAUCCACCAUUCUAAGGGAGCACCCAUUGUUUCCUCCACAGUUGCAUUAAAAUAACCUGUGGUUAGAAAAUAGUGGCAAUAUAAUAAUAUUUAAAUUAAUUUGUGCAUUUUAUUGAGAUGAUUAUUUUCAAAAGUCUUCAUAUGACUGUAUGUUGUUUUUGAUGCUGGUGCUACUGUGCACAGCAUCCCUCGGUGACGUUAGCACGCCCCUACGUGCCGUGCUCAAGUUGACAUACCAAUGCUGCCUUCACAUGAUCCUCGGACUCACAAAUUCAGCUAUAAGAAGCUAUCAGCUAUUAGAGGUUUGCAAGAAUGCAGCUCGACUAUGACUUUCAACGUUGUUGGUAUCGUUGCUGGACAGGUAAUGCGAUAGCAAUAACAUGGCGACGGGUAGCACAACUAUAAAAUAAAAAAAAGAUGUAUACAUCUUAGAUGUAAUACACGAUGCGUGGAAAUUCCGAUAUUUCUCACAGCGCGUGAAUCCAACGUUAUUAUUUGGGGUAUGUGGGCUUCUUGUGCAAAACGAUGAAGAAAAAAAACAUGGUGAAGUCAUGAACCUCACGGAAGACAGUGUGACUGUCAGACGGCUUUAUUUGAAACAAAUCGCUGCCUCUUUGUGACGAGGAGAGACGUCUGGAGAGAGCCGCGCGCACAGCGCAUCACAGCUGACGCGUCAGCUGGACGCCUGGUAAACAAGCGCCGGGUUGUUGUGCGGGUCCUUGAUACAGAGUUUGAGUCCUUGAUGGAGAACAGCAAACGGAUGCGGGAGGCUGGGAUCGGGCGGACGUCCGAGUCGAUGAGCCGGAGAGACGUAAAAUGACACCACACUGCUCCGCGUUCAUCCUCCUCGGCCGAAGCGGGAGAGCCGUCCUGGCAAAACAUCGGGGAGAGAACUGUGCGUUUUAUCCGCGUAACACGUCAUAUUAGUGCAGAGCUAAAGUUGCGCGCCUCGGCCGGUGUUUUUGUUGUUGUCUCAUCGCAGACAUGUCCUUCGCCAUGGAGGAUCAUGUGGAGUCGGGAUGGGUGGCUGUCAGACCGAAUGCAUUCGAGGAGAGGGAAAAGCAUAAAUUUGUUUUUAUCGUCGCCUGGAAUGAAGUGGAGGGUAAAUUUGCCAUUACGUGUCACAACCGGACGGUGCAGAGGAGAAGCUUCGGUAGGGACGCACCGGGUCAGACCGGCCUGGACGGGGACAAAACAAAAUGGCCCGAAAGUCCCGUCGGAGUGUCUAGGAGCCAAGAAGCCAAAGAGGCUGUGGUGAGCGGCUUCAGCCCGGAGACCAAGUUGUGCCUAGAAACAAAAUUAAGCCCUUUCAAAAUGCCAACUGUGAUCAAAUCCGCACCACCCGCAGUUAGUCCUGAAAGCGAGGUGUCAAAAUCACCACGAGAGGACCUCUUGUCCCCCUCGCUGGACAGCUUGGGCCUGGAGGACUGCAGCUGGGCCGGACUGUUCUCCUUCCAGGACCUGCGCUCCGUGCACCGCCAGCUGUGCUCGGUGAACUCGGACCUGGAGCCUUGUCUCCCGGCGUUCCCGGAGGAACCGGCCGGCGUGUGGUCGGUGCUGUUCGCCUCGGCCCAAGUACCCGAGAGCGAGAUGGAUGAGCUGUGCUGCCGUUUGCACGUGUACCUGGGUCACGCGCUCGAUGCGUGCGGGUGGAAGAUCCUUUCGCAGGUUAUGUUCACGGGAAACGACGACCCGGACGAGUACUACGAGAGCCUGAGCGAGCUGCGGCACUCCGGGUACGAAGAGGCGCUCAACCGCGCCACCAAACACCUGCAGGAGCUGCUGGAGAAGCACAAGACCAUGGACAGUAUGGUGGAGCUGUUGGAGCUGUAUAAGGAGGAAGAUGAGGCCUAUGGAGGACUGCUAGACUCCUCCACACAGCUCUACCAGUACCUGCUGCAGCCCUUCAGAGACAUGAGGGAACUAGCAAUGCUCCGCAGACAGCAGAUCAAGAUAUCCAUGGAGAAUGACUACUUGGGCCCAAGGAGGAUUGAAGCUCUAAAAAAAGAGGACUUUGACUGGGAGAAAAAAGCUCAAGAGGCAGCCCUCAACAUCCAGGAGUUUACUAUCAAAUACUUUGAGAUUACUGCCAGGGCCCAAAAAGGGGUGUAUGAGCGUAUGAAGGUGGACCAGCGUAAAUUUGGAAAAUCUUCAUGGACAGCGGCGGUGGAGCGCAUGGAGGGACUCCGCUACUCGGUCGCAAAGGAAACCCUGCAGCUCCAGAGAGCCAGGGAGAUCAGCCUCGAGCAGAGGAAACGCACACUUCGAGAGGAGAUGCAGAGCCUGUGUAGCAGUAAAGAUGCCAUGGCCCUCUUGGACCACAUGGAGACGCAGUACUAUGAACGCCAGCUGCAGCUGUACGACAUUCAGGGGGAAAUACUGCAGUGUGAAGAGCUGCUCCUCUCAGCUCAACUAGACAGCGUUCGCAGGCAGAUGUCAGAGUUUCAAGAUGAGGUGGUUUACUAUGACACCUUUGAAAGUGCAGAUGACAUGAGAGAGGACAACACUGCAGAGAGAGAAGAGCUGCGCAGACUUCAGAUCAGCGCCCGUCAGUUGGAGGCGAGAAGGGGACGCAUCACUACCAAGCGCUCCUAUCUGAAGAACAAAAGGGAAAUCUGUAUAUCCAACCACACUCAGAAACAGCAGACACGGCAAACCAUCCACAAGGACUCCAUAUCAUAUCAGCUGAAAAAUAUAGACGAGGAAGACGAAGAAAAGAAAAACAGCAGAGUCAGUCAGGAGAGGCAGAGAACUUUAGACAGACUACGCACUUUCAAGCAGCGAUACCCGGGUCAGGUGACUCUCAAGCCCAUUCGGCAGCGCGUGGCCCACACCAGGAGAAGAGAGCGUGGACGGAGCAUGGAAAUGAGUAGUGCGAUUGAGAGGGAGGAGCAUGUUGACUGUGUACGGGGGGGAGGCCCCCCGCUGUGCCUCAGUACCAGUGUGCAGACGGACCCCAGCGCCACACUGACCACUCAGCCCGUCACAGUCCUCACAGGGUCCCUUCCUCCUCUGCCUGUGCCCAGUGCUGCCGACUACUCCUGCUCUCCCUGCGCCCUGUCCUCACUACUGGCAUACUCCAUGUCCCCUCCUCCACCUCCCCCGCCGCCUCCCCCGCCAAUUAAGGAUGAGCUUUUGCCUUCUGGGAGCCCGGACCGACAUGGGCAAAAGUUGGAGGGGAAGACUGCCACGGGAGAACUCUCCAUCUCCCCACUUGGUCCGUUCAUGCCUCGCUUCUUUGACAGCAGCCAGCUGUUGAGUGCCAGGAAAAAGCUGCGGAGGACUCCGGAGCUGGACUCCCACAGCAGAAGAGAAAGCUCGCCCAUGGACGAGGUGCUCGCCUCUCUGAAGAGAGGCAGCUUCCACCUGAAGAAGGUCGACCAGCGGUCCCUGCCUCCCUCCGCCGAUGACGACGACCCCAACAGCAUCCUCGCUCAGAUCCGAAAGGGGGUCAAACUGAGGCGUGUCCCCAGAAAGGAAAGAAACCACUUUGGAGAACUCCCAACCUCCACCGACCCGUUGACCAGGAGCAUCCACGAGGCACUGCGCCGCAUUAAGGAGGCCUCGCCGGAGUCUGACUCAGACGACGACGACGAGGAGCUGGCCGCCCACGACUGGGACAGCUGGGGCUGAAUUUCUCAGAAGCAACAACUAAUGCGGACGCAUAUGCCUGCCCCCUCUGGCACUGGACGCGCCAUACUGUAAAGUGCUGUGUUGUACUGUACACACACACAGUUCAUUCUCUCACACUCAAGCACACAAAGCCCAGUUGCACGUCAUGUGGUUAUUCCAUUGCCCGCGUCGUAUAUCACCAACAUACCGGCGGCUUCCAAGGUCUGUAGUUGACCUGUUCAUUUGUUUUUCACACUAUAUUCACCACCACCAAGGACAGGAUUAGCCAUUUUAUUUCUGCUGGUGUUGUUACUGUGGUUUUAUUCCUGUAUUCAGAUUGUGAUGUUGAAAAGCUCUGCGCUGGCCUUUUGUAGCCACUUCAACACUCAGAAACAGCACACAACACAUUUAUGACAGUUCAUUGUGAAACUGACAACCUCACAAGAGCUAGUUGUGCUGAGGUCCAAAAGACCAAAGCACAGAGUGAAAGACUUAAAUUGUAACCCAAAUAUGUGAAGUGUUUGGUUGAUCAUUUGGAGUUAUGUGGGAAGAAAACAAAACAAAAAGAAGAUCCCACUGAGAUUUUAACUGGAUUUAAUGUCCAGAUUUUAAACCAUGACACAAAUCACCCCUGCUGAAGCUUUUUUGUACCAUGACUGAACCGCACUACUCUAGGCUGCACAUGUGGAUGUGUUAAUAGCCGACAGGACCACUCCUUUCUAAUCCGACACUACACAAACACUGUAAGUCCUUAAAUCCGUCACACCAGACAGGCGCCCCUCCCCCGCUCCGGUCUCCUUGGGACCUUCACCAUCCUCAACUAGAUCUAUCAAUCUAUCUGAGGAAAGAAAUGAUCAACCCAUGUGUUUGACCGUGUGUCCGUGCUGGUGGGAAACAUAGAGAGUCACAGUAGGUUUAUAAUAACAUCUCAGAGCAGAAGGUUUCCACCUAGAGUGGGAGAGGCUUAGAUCAAUGAUGGGUCAGCUCUAGAGAUGCAGAGUUUCUUUGCUGGGUGGAGGUCCUGGUUAUUUUCUCUUUAACGGGUAAAGACUCGGCUGGUGAUUCCUUAACUUUGAAUGUGGGACAGUCACAGCAGAGCUGUGAAACUGUACCCUCUCGUUUGAAUGAUGGAUGGUCGGUGGGAGGCGAGAUUCUCUCAGCGCCGUGGGGAGCCUCUGUGGGCUGAGGAGCAGGCAGUCGUGACAGAUGAGGUUUCUAAUGCAUCUUUUCUAAUUUCUUUCGGCGCACUCGGAGGGCAGAAGCACACAGUAGGAGGUCUGUUACUCACAGUGCGGGAUGUGAAAACAUGUUCAUGCACACGUGGACUCAAUUCAUAGCCAAUAUCUUUAAAAACUUUCAUGGUACAUAGUAAAAACUCUGAAUCGCUUUAUCUGAACAAUGAGAACUCAUUUUCUAUCACUGGUGAAACAUUAUAUCUGCUAUAGAUAAGUCACUGUUAUAGCACUGAAAUGUGAAACUGGAUCCAAAGAGGAGUGAUGCAAGGACAUUAUCAAAGGACUUGUGGUCAUGCUUACCAAGAAUACACUUCAAGAUACGCGUUAACAUGACGUAAAAGAUGUGAAUUCAUAAAGAAAUCUGCAACAGC